AUGAGGUUUUCCACCUGCCUCGAAGUAGGUGCCGAGGAGCUUGAAGGACGGAUCUUUGUCCAUGGCGCCCAUGCCGAACUGGAUCCAUUUGUCGCCAAUGCUCAUAGCCCCGAGGGCGAGCGGGGAGGCAUGUAUGACGGCACGGGGGGCGAGCUGGUGGUAGUGGCCGAGCUUGUACACGAACAACUUCUGGCGGGGCGACGCCUCUCUGAAGCAGAAAGUGACCUAUGUCGGUGGGACGAGUUUAUGGACGGCCUGCACAACAUUGUGACCGAGGGAAAGGUCCUGUAUCUGGGCGUAUCAGACACCCCGGCGUGGCUCAUGACAAAGGCGAAUGAAUAUACUCGGGCACAUGGCAAGACGCCGUUUAUGAUCUACCAGGCGCCGUACUCGAUCCUGCAGCGCGACAUCGAGCGGGAUGUGCUCUCGAUGUGUCGUCAUGAAGGCAUCGCCCUCGCGCUGUUCAACGUCCUCGCAGGAGGCCAUAUUAGGUCCGAUGAGGAGGAGGAGAAGCGCAGGAAGACGGGCGAGCUUGGGAGACAGCUGAUGGGGCCAUGGGAGCGCUUGGCCGAGGGGAAGAGGGUGUGCGACGCCCUCGAGGAGAUGAGGAAGCAAGUUGGUGCGAAGCACCUCACUGCAGGCACCGUUUGUAUUCCCGAUUCUCGGAGGGCGCAAGGUCGAACACCUAGAGGCGAACAUGCUCUGGACAUCUCGUUGUCGGCCGAGCAGAUGGCACAUCUGGACGGGGUUGUGCCGUUUGACAAGGGCUUUCCGAACACGCUCAUUGUGGGUUAUGUGCUCUUCUGA